ACGGUUUUCGAUCGUGUAGUGUUUCAUGGCGUUUGUAUAAUUUAGAAAACUUUUCUAAAAGUGUGGAAAUUCACUUGCAAUUAUGUCAAUUUUCAAUGAAUUACUACCCAAAAUAACUGAGAUAUCAAAUUCUUACGCUAAAAACUUCAAUGACGACCUGAAGGCUAUAUUUGAGUGUUUAGACAAGUUUGAAGAGGAGUACCAGAAUGGCCGCGCCAAAGGGCGGGAUAAGGCCCAGAAGGACAAAACCCUUCUAACGACUCUGCAAAGUAUAAAUGAGGAUGAAGAUGAAUCAACUAAAACACCCGAGGACAAACCAAAACGGCCGUCUAGCGGCAAAUCUAAAGACACCGACAGCCGUAGCUCCUCGGGUAGCAGCGGGGAACGCAGGUUGUCAAACAAACGCAACAAGAAUGAGGUGGACGGCUUGUGCAGUCCGGAACAGGAUAAAAGGCAGAAGAGGAACGCAUCUGUCAAAGCCCAGAGUAUUAUUAGUAAGCAGGUGAAUGUGAACUUGGCACAGAAGAUGCGACGCGAGGAACCGGAGAAGGCGCGCGGACGCCGGCGCAAGGACGACGACAAGGAGAACGAGCCCGAUUUUAGUAAUGUACAGAUUAAAGAGGAGAGAAUCUCAUUACCACCAGAACCGAUGGAUACGGAAUCUUUGCCAAUCAACAUUGAAGUUAAACAGGAAAUGGAUAAAGACGAGAUUGCUAUGCCCCCACCCGCCAAGCCUGUGCCCAAACCCCGAAAAGGCGUUGCCAAAGAGAAAUCAAAUGAUUCUGACAAGAGUGAUGAAGAUGGCGCGCGGCGCAGCCGCAGAACCACACGGACACGCAAACAGACAGACACAAUGCCGCCGCCCGCCCCCGUGGCAGCCCCCCGCGCCACCCGCGCCAGCGCGCGCCGCGCCCCCGCUGCCGAGGAGCUCCCGCCGGAGCCCGGGGCGCGCCCCAAGCGCACCAGGGCCAAGAAGAAAGUAUCAGAAACGCCGGCAUCAGACACUGAAAAGGACACCACACAAACGCAAGACAAUGUUACAGCGACACCAGAUAAACCGAGACCGAAAAGGACAAGAAGAGGACAAAAAGCGGCAGAAAAAGAACAACCGAAACCGGAAGAGCCAAAACCAAAAGAAAUCUCGGAACCAGAACCGAUACCAGAACCAGAACCAACACCGAUACCAGAACCAGAACCAACAUCGGUACCGGAACCGAUACUCAAACAAGAACGGGUAUCGGAACCACAAUCCCCUAUUCUGCUACCGAAAUUGCCAAAAGAGACCAAAAAGAAGGAGAUUAAAUCCAAAAUUCCUGUCAGCGAUAAGAAAGAUGCCACUCCAGAGACUAAAAAUAAGGAAGUCCACGAGCCUGAAGCAGUUAACUCCAUGGACGAAACGAGGGUGCUACACAAGAUGGACACGACAGUCACUCUCGAUAUGGACAAGACUGUGGUUCUACCUAACGGAGUGUAUAAUCAUGCUCCUGUCACACCUAACAAUCUUGGCAACAUGAACGCGACAGUUGUAAUCGAGAAAUUCACCAGGGAAACUAUUGUUUUGCAAAAGCAAAACGCUAUUAUGGACGCCACAGUAGUUAUCGAUAAAGAUCCAAAUGCAGUGAACAUAAGCGAGGACAACUCGAUAUUGACCGACGACAAUAGCGAUUUACACGAACAGACGCCUCCCAAACAGAUACCCGUUGCGCAGCCCACAUCAGCCGUAAAAGAGAAGGUGCAACAGUUCGAGGAAAUGGCUUCUAGAGUUACACGGACCAAAACCAGGGCCAUGGCUAAAAAGGAGGACUCUACCGAAAACCAGACGCCACCUGAUAAAGUGUCAAAGAUAAUUCUAUCAGCCGAGACUCUCAACAAGAUGAACAGUCUCAUAUUCAACGGGAAACCACCACAGAUUUCAAGUUCAGCCUCGAAGCCGCGCGCCGCUGUUCCGGUUCCGGUCAAGACAGUGCCUGCUUCAGCGUCCAAGGCUCACGCCAUCAGCCGGGCCAGGGAGGAAGAGAGACGCAAGAGUUUGGAGAAAGAGGACGCCAGGAAGAAGAAGGAAGCUUUAUUGGAAGCCAAGAGGGAACAGCAGAGACGGAAACGCGAAGAGAAAAUGGCCGCCGCGGCCGCAGCGCGCUCGGCGGCGGACCGCGAGCGAGCUUUACAACUAGAGGCGGCGGCGCGCGAGCGGCGCGAGAAGCAGGCCACCGCCGAGCUCGGCAAGGUGGAGCGCGUGCGCGAGGCCGAGCGGAAAAAGCAAGAAAACGCGCGCAAAGCGGCCGAAAUAGAAGAGAGGCGGCGCGCUGAAGAACUUAAACAGAAGCAGAAGUUGGAAGAAGAGCAGAGAAGAGAAGCCGCGAGAAGGAAGCAGAUUGAGGAGGCCGAGGCUACCAAGAAAGAGGCAGCACUGAUGGCGAAGGAAAUAGAGAAGAGACAGAAGGAGUACCUUGAGAAACACAAGUUGAAACAGAAGAUGGAGGAUAGAAUGCACAACACCCCUCUCAAACUGGGCACUCCCGGCGCUUACUACCCCCCGCUAGAUCCGGUGUACAUGGCGGACGGGUUCCAGUACCUCAACUCUGAUGAGGAAGAGGAGGCGUCUGAUAGGCCGCAACCGGCUUGGAGUACUUCUAAGGGCCGCAAACCUCAACUGUUCAUCCAGACUCAACUGUCACAGAUCCACAUCGACAAGUUGUUCUCUGUGCGAGUUCACAGCCCGGAUUUGAGGGAGAUUUUCCCCAACAUCGAGAGGAGUCGCCUCAAGCGUACCUCCUCCGCCGUGUGGCGCACUCCGCCGCAGAGGCUGCCCAAAGUCGCCGAGUGAUGAUAUCGCGUGACAUGACCUGGUCAAACGUUUCGAGUCGCUGGCGGCAAUUUGUAAAUAAUUAUUAUUAUUUAAACAAACAAAUUGUGUUAGUUAACAGAUGCUACGAUAAUGUAACAAUUGUGGUUCAAUAGCUUUAAGAUCUUUUAGGCUUGUAUUGUCUAAAUACUAGAUUUUAUAACCGCCUUAAAAAAAAGGGUAGUUCUCAGUUUCACCUGUAUGUAUGUUUGUCCGCGAUUAUCUCGCGUGAUUUUGAUGCGGUUUUCAGGUAUAUGUUUGUUACACAUAGCAGAACAUAUAUACAUACCAUCACGCCCGUCUCCCAUUGGGGUAGGCAGAGACUAUGGAUUAUACAUAUAGGAGAAGGUUUUAAAAAUUUUA